AUGGAAAGAGGGGGUCCCUUUCCACAGGCACUAUUACUGCUGGCUAAGAAAUACGGGUCAGUGUUCAGUGUACAAAUAGGGGCACAAAAGAUUGUUAUCCUGUGUGGCUAUGAGACGGUGAAAGACGCUCUGGUCAACCAUGCUGACGAGUUUGCUGAGAGACCUGACAUCCCCAUAUUCCAAGACAUUGCCCAAGGAUACGCUAUCCUAACUGUGCAGCCCUGCCUGUACUGGAAAGUGAUGAGACGAUUUACUCUUUCAACACUAAGAGACUUCGGGAUGGGGAAGAAAACCCUUGAAAGCAAUAUUUUAGAAGAGUGUGAAUGUUUGGUGAACAAGUUUAAAUCCUUCAAUGGUAAACCAUUUGAAAACACCAUGAUAGUGAAUGCUGCCGUGGCCAAUAUCAUUGUGUCCAUCUUGCUGGGCCAUCGCUUUAACUAUGAAGAUCCAGUAUUUCUGAGAUUGAUGAGUUUAAUAAAUGAAAACAUAAGACUAAUUGGAUCUCCUAUGGUCGCGCUCUACAAUACCUUUCAUUACGUAAUGAGCUGGCUACCAGGAAGUCACAAAACUGUGAUAAAAAAUAACAAGGAGAUGCGUCAGUUCCUUACAGGAACCUUCACAAAGUACAAGGAUCAGCUGGAUAUUAAUGACCAAAGAAAUCUAAUUGAUGCCUUCCUUGUCAAGCAGAAAGAGGCUGACUCUCCUACAUACUUCCAUAAUGAAAAUUUAACAUCCCUCAUUACCAACCUGUUUACUGCUGGAAUGGAAACUACCUCAACGACUUUGAGAUGGGGGCUUCUGCUAAUGAUGAAAUAUCCAGAGACUCAAAGGAAUGUCCAGGAUGAAAUAGAUAAGGUCAUUGGAUCUGUUGUUCCUCAGACUGAGCACCGGAAGGAGAUGCCAUAUACAGAUGCCGUUAUACAUGAAAUUCAGCGGUUUUCCAACAUAAUACCGACUAACAUUCCUCACGCCACUACACAGGAUGUUACUUUUAGAGGCCACUUUUUACCAAAAGGGACGUAUGUGAUCCCAUUGCUGGCAUCUGUACUUCAAGAUAAGAAUCACUUUGAGAGACCGGACGAGUUCUACCCACAACAUUUUCUUGGUUCAGAGGGAAAUUUCUUGAAAAAAGAAGCAUUUCUGGCAUUUUCAGCAGGUAAGAGAAGCUGCGCCGGGGAGAACUUGGCUAAAAUGGAACUCUUCCUCUUCUUCACCACAUUGCUGCAAAACUUCACCUUCAAGGCUCCUCCCGGGGCAGAGCUAGACCUCACCCCUGCAGUUGGAUUCACAACUCCUCCAAUGAUCCAUGACAUUUGUGCUGUGCCUCGCAACUGAUAAGAAAGGAGAAUACACGCAACAUGUAGAGGUGUGACUGGGAACCACAAAAUGCCUCGAAAAAUU